AUGGCCCAUCGUAAGCUUCAACAGGAGAUCGAUAGGGUCUUUAAGAAAAUUAACGAAGGGCUGGAAAUUUUUGACACUUAUUAUGAAAGGCAUGAAAAUUGUACCAAUAACCCAUCUCAAAAGGAUAAGUUAGAAUCUGAUCUUAAGAGAGAGGUGAAGAAGCUGCAAAGGCUUCGGGAACAGAUUAAGUCAUGGCAGAGUUCACCAGAUAUUAAGGAUAAGGAUUCGCUAUUGGAUUACAGGCGGUCUGUAGAAAUAGCAAUGGAAAAGUAUAAAGCUGUGGAGAAGGCUUCUAAGGAGAAAGCUUAUUCUAAUAUAAGUUUGAAAAAAUCAGAUAUGUUGGAUCCAAAGGAAAGGGAGAGGAGAGAUGUUUCGGAGUUUCUGUCGAAUGAUAUUGAGGAAUUGGAGAGACAGUACGAUUCUUUACAAGUAGAAGUGGACAAGCUGAUAUUGUUGAAUAAGAAAAAGAAAACAGCAUCAUCUUCCAAUGAUGACAAAAAGGAUAAACUUAAAACUUUACAAUCUAGGUACAGAUGGCAUCAACAGCAGAUGGAAUUGGCACUUAGACUUUUGGCAAAUGAAGAAUUGGAUCCAGAAGAUGUAAGGGAAAUUCAAGAUGAUAUCAGUUAUUUUGUUGACUCAAAUCAGGAACCUGAUUUUGUAGAAGAUGAAACGAUUUACGAUCAACUGAAUUUACAAUCUAAUGAAGCAAUUGCUCAUGAAGUGGCUCAGUAUUUCGCCUCUCAACAAGCAGAAGAGGCAGAAGAUGAUGAUGCUUCUACAGUGACCACUACAAAGGAUGGUACAAAAUUAUCUAAAAAGGAACAGAGGAAACUCGAAAGAGAGGCGAAAAAAGCCGCUAAAAGUGCGUCAAGAUUACCAGACGCAGAUGUUAGUCCUUCUAAUGGUCCAAGUUCUCCAAUUUUGUCUACUACCAGUACUGCUACCGUUACCACGGAAAUUGCAGAACCACCUUCCUCCAAACAGAGUAAAUCACCAUCGCCGGCGCUGGACGUGGUGGAAUCAUCUCAUAGUGUAAUGACCACUGCACCAAGUACUGCAAAAAGCCCGAAUGGCUAUAACAGUUCAGCUCCAUCAACGGCACCUACAGAAGUAGAAGAACACCAAGUGGUACAUACGCAUAUCCAUCAAAGCCAAAAUGGUAUUACGACGACGAGUACCUUGAAACCUGCUACGGUGCCGGCAAGACCUGCUGGUGAUUUAAAAUGGGCAGUAGCAGCCUCGCAAGGUGUAGAAAAGGAUAAAAAGAAUAACUCUCACGGUGGAUCCAAUACAACGACAGGUACCUCAACACCUUCUGCUGCUGCAACAGCCACUGCUGCACAUGCAGCUGCCACUGGUAGUACGACCGCUUCUUCAAACGUUAGCAGUAGAAUUAAUAGUGCCGCUAAUACACCUCGUUUGGGUACUCCAUCUUUGGCUACACCAACUUUAGCACAACACUUGGAAAAAUCCGCAUUGACCAAUUCGAAUGCGAAUUCAGCCGCUACUGCUGCUGCCGUAUUAGCAGCUGGUGCUGCUGCCGUGAAUACCAAUAAUAAAGCUAUUUAUAAGAAUGGUCAUUCAUCUAUGCCGACGACAGCAACUUCUGCUCUUGCGCAUGGUAAUGAAACUCAUGCAGAGGGGGAAAAGAAUUUUAAUGAAAAGAGUACAGAUAUUCCACCCGUGGUGGUUGACGAUUAUCAAUCGGAUGUAACAGAUGAUGAACUAGAGCAAGAACCACAACCAGAACCUCUUUCACAGGAUGAAUUGCGCAGGAGGGAAGAGACUCGAGAAAAACUUAGGAAAGAUUUCGUUCAAGAUUUCGACCUAUUGGUACUGCCAAGUGGUAUUCAAGAGUUUAUCAUGGGUGCUGAAUUGUUUGACAAUAAAAUUGAAGCACCAGAUGGUAAAAUGGGUGGCUACAGAAGAUCAAGAGAUGAAUGCCGAAUUCCACGUUUUGAUGAUGUUCCUUUGGGUGUCAAUCCACCUGCACCGUUGGAUGCAUUUAGAUCCACUGAGCAAUGGGAUAUUUUACGUUGUUCUUUGAGACCUAUCAUUCAAAACAGCGAGCUGAACGACCAAGAGAAAUAUGAAGCCAUUUUGGAAAACUUUAGAUCAUUAGAAAUGUUUACACUUUUCUACAACUAUUAUUUCGCAGUUACACCUUUAGAACAGGAGAUUGCUUCCAUUAUUCUUUCAGAGAGAGAUUGGAAAGUUUCGAAAAACUGUGCAAUGUGGUUCUUAAGGCAGAGUGAGACUAAAUUUGCUAAUGAACUUUGUGAAGUGGCUGAUUACAAAAUUUUCAAACUGGAUGAUUGGACUGUGAUUGAUAGGCUAAAUUUUAAAUUGGAUUAUGCGGCUCUAAAGAAUCCAUCACUAGUUGCCGAUUCACAAUUACCGAAGGCUCAAGAAACGGAUGUAUUGAGUCAUGGUCAACAGCUCUUACAACAGUUGAAACAAGGUGGUAAAUCAAGUAUUUUGGCUUGA